ACUUUGUGGUAACUCAUUUAGUAUCUUACACAUGCAACAUCGCAGAGCAACUGGAUAUCACUGACAGACGUUCUUCAUUUUUGCUUGGUGAAGGUUUGUCGGUUGUGAGACAAAGGGUUUGUUCAGCUCACGUGCGGAAGGGUCGACAAGGGACUUUCAAGCGUAAAAAACAACAAUGGCACUGCAUUUGAAAGAUGAAUGGGAGAGUUUUGUGGUGGAACAGCUUCGAGGACCAUAUAUAAAGGAGUUUGGCAAGCUAAAAACCGACGGCGAGCGAUACAAGUUUUGCAAAUACAUUAUACGAAAUAGUGGUGUAGCUCAAGAAAUAGUUGAGCAGAUACAAAAGCUUCUGAACACCAGGGUUCAACAAAAACUAAGGUCUGCGGGAAAUGGCCAGGAAUAUGUGUGUGUGGGAGAAGAACAUUUCAGGCGAAGGGAUUUCAAGAAAGCUGUGAUCUCCUUCUCACUGGCCAUUCAGCAAGCACUCUUGUACAAUGCUGAAAACCAGAAGCCUCUUGCCAACCAGCAAAGUAACAUGUGUGAUCUGGCUUUGUCAGACAGUGCUGACAACACCAGUAGGUCUCCUGGCCAGCUCAGCCUUGUGGCUUUGUAUACCAGAAGAGCAGAGAUCCUCUUUCAGGCACAGGAAUACAAGACAUGUCUAAAUGAUAUCCAAGAGGCUUCAUCAUUGCAGUGCCCUCAAGCACCUAGUGGAAAGCUUGACAGCCUUCAGAAGGCUUGUGAAAAGAAGUUGUCAACAUUUAUUCAGAACUUAAAUCAUGGUGGUGAUGCAUCAACAAACAUACCAUCAGUUACAGGAGGACCUCAUGACAAAAUAGCUAAUGGAUCAACAUUAAUUGAAAUCGACUGCUCUGCUACUCAAGGCCGAUUUCUAAAGGCUUCAGAUGAUAUCCGUGCUGGUGAUACACUAAUCUCUGAACCACCAUAUGCUGCAGUCCUUCUACCAGAAAACACUCUCUCUCAUUGUGACUGUUGUUUCCAGCCUUUGGUAGCUCCUUUUCCAUGUCGUCUCUGCUGUGAAGUGCAGUAUUGUUCCCAGUCUUGUCGUGACAAAGCCUGGUCACAGUACCACAAAGUAGAAUGUAGCCUUGGUCCACUUUUGAAAAUGAUGGACACCUUUUUCCAGUUGUCACUGAGAAUCCUUCUGGCAACAGGAACCGAGAAUAUAUUUGAAUUUUUACAGGCAUCAUCGAGUAAGAAGACUGAAAAUACAAAUAUCAGCAGAAUGUCUGGUUGUGGUCCAGAGGGAGAAUACCUAGGUGAUUAUGGCUCAGUGUUUUCUCUAGUGACCAACACAGAGUUACAACCUGUGAAGACCUUGAUGUCUCAUGCUCUGAACUGUGUGCUACUAGCAGAGUUUCUUGAAGGUGUCAUGGUUAGAGAAGAGGAUUUAAAUCAAAGACCAGUGAGCUGUGAGAACUGCACAAAGAACAGGCUGUGUCAACCACAUGAGCUGCAGCAUGAACACCUUGAACAAUACUACAAUGUUCAAAACUUCCAGAGCUUUUUCCCUAACGAGACUUGCACAAGUUCCUUAGCAGGGGAUGUGAUAGGCUGCCUCCUGUUUCAUCACUCUCAACAGAUGGCUUGCAAUGUACAUGCCAUCACUGCUAUUGUGUCAACUGGUGAAGACAAAACACAUCUGAAGACCAGUCCUCCAUCCAAAGAUCAUGUUGUAUCCAGAGAACAGAAGAGGAUAGCAACUGCUGUGUAUCCAACAGCGUCAUUGCUAAAUCAUGCCUGUGAUCCGGAUGUCAUUGUUAGCUUUGUUGAUGGCCAUCUAGUGGUGAGAGCAACACAUAACAUUGCCAAAGGCUCGGAGAUAUCUCACUGCUAUGGUCCUCAUGUAAGUCGCAUGGGUCGUGAAGAUCGUCAAAAGCUGCUGUACAAACAGUACUUUUUCACUUGUCAGUGCACAGCCUGCAGGAGUGACGAAGAAAUGGAGAACAAGAGACUCUGUUUCUCUGCCUUUGCGUGUCCUCAGUGUAAGCAUGCCAUGAAACUGUUCCCUGUGAGUGAUGGAGUCAUUGGAACGUGUCAGAACCGCGAAUGUAACUUGGAGAAAAACAUGCUGGAUGAGUGCAGACUGGCGCGCGAGGCAGAGUUGCUCUUUAUUAAGGGAGUGCGGUUGUUAGAAAGAGUUGGAGUCAAGGAGGCCCUUGACGUGUUCCAUGAAUGUUUGCGGCGGCGGAAAAUUCUUCUUCAUGCGUAUAACAAGGACCUGGCUGAAACACACGAUGCCAUUGCAAGGUGUUAUGCCAUGAAUGGCGACUUCAAGAAAGCUUCUCAUUACUGUUCUCGCAGCUGUGAAGCGGUGGAAAAAGCUUUCGGUUCAUCAAGCGUGGAGUACGCACACGAACUUCACAAGCUCUCGCAGCUGUUGUUCAACGACAGACAAGUCAAAAAAGCACUCUCUACAAUCGACAAAGCCACUAGUCUUUUGUCACGCCAUUAUGGACGGAGCAAUCCAGACGUGAAGGAACUGAGUGAGAUGAAACGCUGCCUUAUUGCUGUUGGCGGUCAUUCCAGAAACAACAGCACGUGACGGUCACGCAAGGGUUAUUAGGCUUUAAAGUAUACUUGUCGGACAUUUCUAGAAUAAAAAGUUUUUUUUCGUCUUUUGUUUCCGGCUUAGUUAGACGUUUGUGCUACUCGGGUGAUACGAUUGUGUGACGAGAGGUGCAAAUCAAAUUCACUUGAAUCACACAAUCUUCCAGGACCCAAGUUAUCAGUUAGAUGGAAGGAAAAGAAAGAAAAAAGAAAUUAAAAAUGGACGGGUUUACAUGAAAGAAUUUUGUUACGAUUUUGUGAAAGUAUCUUUUAUACUAAAAGUUUGGUGUACAAUUUGGUGUUGAGUUAUUUAUGUGUCAACUCCUGUAAGGGAGAAAGUGUCUUUAAAAAGAACGCGUUACUUGUUUUGUUUAAAAAAAACAGCAAGAAAUGGUAGACUAUAGAGUAUGACGUAAAUCAGAGAGAUUCCAAGAAAUACUAUAUACAAGUAGAGCAAAAAGUAAAGAACAUUGAAGAACUAGAAUUCAUACUGGAAACGAGGUAGAAUUUAUUGUGUUGUUUAAAAGAAAACUACUAAUGUCAUUGUUUAGAACAAGGAUUUGAGAUGAAAAAUGCCUACAAUGCUUUAUUCACUCUAAACACUUAAAACACAUUUACAUAGAAAGUGACAAAAACUACAAUAACUUAAGAAAUAGAUAUGUUUAAAGUUGAGCCAGGAGGAUGAAUGAACCUUGCGUUUCUACUUCCUGUUUCUCUACAUGUGCAGAACACAGUUCGCGCUCUUUCUUUAAGACUGCGAGGGCCUCUUUCCUUCUAGAAUACUCGACUUUUCUUACUGAACGAGGUGAUUGAAUUAAAGUUCAAAACGCUUUAACAUCA